ACAAACAUACACUUAGUACAGACCUGUACUGUUGCUCGAGCGAUGACGCUUCAGUCUUAACGGUUUAUUAUCGCUCCGCUGUUUUUCCUGCCGCCUCACAUCUUCUCCGAUAUAACACGCGCUUUUAUUAUUAUUAUUUUUUAAUUUUAAUUUUUUGAUUUAUAUUAUAGCACCUCCUCAUGACGUGAACGUGGAUUUUAAUCGCCUUCAUUGCCGCUUCCUCUUUCAUUUAUCCUCUCUCUUUUUUUUUUUUUAGUAUCUUUAUCAUUUUUCUGGAUAUAGAUGUAUUUGGCGUCGCUUGUUUCCUCCUCCAGUGUGAACCCAUGUCUGUGUGCAUCCCGCCUCCCUGCGCUCUCAAUAGAUGGUGCAAGUCAAAAUGUCCAAAUCGCCUGUCGUAGACCCUCUGUCUGCCAUGGAAACCGGCUCUCAGUCGCACUAUUUCCAGCUGCCCAGGAAGUUGCCUAAACGCAAGAGCCGCUUCAAACGCUCAGAUGGAAGCACGUCGUCUGACACAACAUCCAGCUUCAUCAAACGUCAGGGGUCAGCUGAUUCGUACACCAGUAGACCGUCGGAUUCAGACCUGUCAGCAGAGGAGGACCGCGAGGCGUAUCGGCGUGAAGCCGAACGCCAGGCACAACUGCAGCUCGACAGAGCUAAGUCCAAACCUGUAGCGUUUGCAGUAAAGACAAAUGUGAGUUACUGUGGAGCUCUGGAUGAGGACUGUCCUGUCCAAGGAGCUGCAGUCAAUUUUGAUGCCAAAGACUUCCUGCACAUCAAAGAAAAGUACAACAAUGACUGGUGGAUCGGCCGGCUCGUUAAAGAGGGGGCAGACAUCACGUUCAUCCCCAGCCCUCUGCGACUGGAGGCCAUGAGGCUCAAACAGGAGCAGAAACAGAGGAAAACAGGAGGUAACUCCUCCAGUUUAGGGGACAUGGUGACUGGCAGCUGGAGGACCACACCGCCAUCUGCAGGUGAAUCCAAACAGAAGCAAAAACAGGAACAUGUCCCUCCCUACGACGUGGUGCCCUCUAUGAGGCCAGUGGUCCUCGUGGGACCAUCGCUGAAGGGCUAUGAGGUGACAGAUAUGAUGCAGAAAGCGCUCUUUGACUUCCUGAAACACAGAUUUGAGGGAAGAAUCUCAAUCACCCGUGUAACUGCCGACCUGUCUUUAGCCAAGAGAUCUGUCCUCAACAAAAGACCCAUAAUGGAGAGAUCCAACACUCGUUCCAGCCUAGCGGAGGUUCAGAGUGAGAUUGAGAGGAUAUUUGAACUCGCCAAAACCCUACAGCUGGUGGUCCUGGACGCCGACACCAUCAACCAUCCCGCUCAGCUCGCCAAAACCUCCCUCGCGCCCAUCAUCGUUUACGUUAAAGUUUCCUCACCAAAGGUGCUCCAGAGGCUCAUAAAAUCCAGGGGGAAGUCUCAGAGCAAACACCUGAACGUGCAGUUGAUGGCUGCAGACAAACUCUCUCAGUGUCCUCCUGUGAGUGAGGAUAUGUUUGAUGUCAUUCUGGAUGAGAACCAGCUGGAAGACGCCUGCGAGCACUUGGCUGAAUACCUGGAGAUCUACUGGCGUGCCACUCACCUCCCUGGAAACACACCCCUCAAUCCCCUACUGGAGCAGAGUCUGAUGACCCCGCCCUCUGCCAUCUCUAGCUUACAGAACAAGAACCAGCCCCAGCCUUGUGAGGCGGUGGGUUUGGAGGGUGACGAGGAGGAAGAGGCGGGCGAGGAGGCCCACUCCCCCCUGGAGCAGGACAGUCUCAUGCCGUCCGAUGAGGCCAGCGAUUCCCUGUCUCGUGGCUGCAGGGGGAGCCCAUGCCACAGGGGGGUGGAGGAGGAAGAGGAGGAGGAGGAGGAGGAAGAGGAGGAGGAAGAAGAGGAGGAAAAUGAGUAUGCCUCUCCCUGCCAUGCUCGCACGUACAGGGACAUGUACCCGCCUCACCGUGGGCACACGGGGAGUGCUCACAGUGCCAACGGGCACGAGUCACAGGACAGGCUGCUCCAGCGCGAAGCUCAGCAAGGUCACAACCAGAGGAAUAACCGCCAGCGCAGCCGCCCGUGGCCCAGAGACACCUACUGAGGAACAAGGUGGCCCCAGCCUCUCUCCUCAGCGUCCACAUCACCCACAGCCCACCGUCAGCCAAAACAGUCCCCUACACAACGUUUAGAGGGAAAAAAAAACAAACAAGAAUCAGAAACAGUUUAUGAAACAGUGUAGACGUUCAGUAUUUUACAAUCUCAUUCUUCCAGACUCCCACUUUUAAUUUCUCUCUCUACUGAGGGGAUGUAGUGACCUCCUCGAGGUCAAGUCGUCCAGAUUAAAGUCAAACAGGGCUACUCACCUCUGCAGUGGAAAGGUUUCAGGCUACCAGCUCUACGCAAACUCAAACUUUAGCUGCUUUGCGUAAAAAAGGUUUCUCUAAUGUACGAUGUCUCAUUUACUGGCCUUAAACUUCCUAAGACUUUUAACUAUCUUUACUAUUGCAUGAGUAUAAUUAUUUUAAGACUAUUUGCACAUUAAGUCAGAACAGGAGCUGAAUGAUCUGUCCAGAUUUAACCAAUGUAGGAAUGUCUACCGUUGAAUCAAUUUAUUGGGGAAUAGUGAUGCAUUUGAUUUCAAUGUAUAUAGUGAAUGGGCACCUGGUUUUGAUCCAUUGCUACGUUACUUAUUGAUUGAUUUGUUUGUUUGUUUAUUACGGACUUCUUUGGCGUUUCAGAAAAAAAAAAAAUGCCGUCAUCCAUGUGUUGUCAGUUUUUUACUCUGAAGACGGCGAAUGACAUUUGGGGAGACUUGCACACACGCACGCACGCACACACACACACAGUUUGUCAUUCUGUAAAGCAGACACAGUGUGAGCGUAUGAAGCUGCAGUACAGCGUCAGUGUCACUUACAGUACAGUCACGUGUCUUUGCUGUCGCACAAUCACUCUGAAAAUGUACAAAAAAAAAAGAAUGUUAACACAACUGAGAAAGGGAAUGUUGUCUUUUCGAGGGAUGAAUUAUUUGCCAAACUGCUUGUUUACGUCGACUCAUUGAUAUUAUAUUUCAAGCACACGCAGCCGCGGCUGCUCUUCAGAUCCAGGCUUCAGAGAAUGUACUGUAAGCUCGCAUGCCUUUUGCACCACCCCACCCCCGGUCUCUCAAACCCAAACCGUAAUUCGAUUGUAGCACGUUACUGAUUGUAGCAUCCACAUUUCCUACCCUUAAAAAUCUCACCCCUCCCCUUCUUUUGUCUUUCAUUUUGUGUACUGCAGUUUUUGUGUUUGUUUGUUUGAAUCAAGGCAGAUCCUCAGGUGUUGAGUCCCGCACACUCAUCUCUCGCUCAACCUCAUGUAAAAAGAAGGUGUCGUGCUCCUGGAAGACUCGUAGCACCCCCGUGGCACAACACCGUUCUGUUCCUGCGCCAUUUUUAGUCCAUGAGCCGAUAAAUACAUAUAUAUAGAUAUAAAUAGAUAUAUAUCUAUAUCUAUAUAUAUUAAUAUACACACACACACACACACACACAAACAGGGUCAUUACUGUCAUGGUCUGCUUUAGGGGUUUUACUGCUUCCACGUCUCACAGGUAUUGCUAUCUAGUGUUCUGUAUAUUUUGAAGAGGAAACAUUAAAAAAAAAAAAAAAAAUCAGCAUGAUUUGAGGAAAAAAAAAAAAGAAAAGAAAAAAAAAUCUAUGCAAGUGUUGCAUGAAAUCUGAUUGUUUCUUUUUACGGUUAAGUAUUUUAGUAAAUGCAUUGAUUCUGAUUCUCCUCGUCGUCUUGUAGUGAUAGUCUUGUCUUCGGGGCUACUCACUCCUCACACCACUAACAGCACUACUAUUACUAAGAAUCUGAACACACAUCUUGAUUUAGCCACAGGAUAUUGAGAGAACAUUUUUCCAUGAUAUUGGGUGGACAUGCUUUUUUGGAGUAACUUUAAAAAUCACUCACUUAGAUAUUUGCCCCAGAUCAGGCCCAUGAUUUCUUUUUUUUUAUGUAUUUAAAAAAAAGAAAAGGGAUUGAGUGAAUUCUUAAAGCCCUGCAUGUCUCACGUCACCAGUUAUUUCAUUAUAUUUUGGCAGAGUAUGUUUCUUCAAAGCGGACCAAUUUAGCAACUGAUGAAGCAGUUGGAAGUUUUUCAAUUUAUGAAGCACAAUUUUUACAAAGGUUAUCAUUUAAUUUCCUCUGUCUUAUUCUGUAUGCAAUACUAAGCCGAACAUUGAAAAAAAAAAAACUUUGAACGCCUUAGACCAUCUGGACUUCCUCUUUUAUGUGAGUAGAAAAGAAAAAAAAGAAAAAAAGAAUUGCACUACUUUGUUUUAGGGAUGGUUGCUUUGUAAUGCAAUAACUGCACUAAAUAUAACGAUGUAUCCACCAGAUGACCACAGCGUGCUAGCGUGACCCGACACGCCUCUUCCCUCUAUUUAAACAGAAGAGACAGCAAAAUGUGUAAAAAGUACGACAUUUCCUGCCUGAUGCUGUAUAGAAUGCUUUCUAUUUGAAAAUAGAUUUACAAUGCUGAGGAAAAAUAUGACUAAAAAAAGAGUAAAAAUAAACAUCACAUUUUAUGUA